AUGAGGCUGUCGUCUUUAUUGGCUUUUUCAUUAUUUUUUUUAUUAAAUAUUUUUCGUAUUUUCGCAUCGACUUGUUGGGAUCUUGUGGAUCCUCGACGACCAAAAGAAUUUAUAAAAGCCGAUUGUCCAACGGAAUCAGGGAAUCCUCCAAAUUUAAAGCGCGAUAAUGAUGAUAUGUUCGUUGUCACCUUUACUUGCACUGUCAACGAUCAAACACUUUGCAAUAAGGUAAAAACUGCAUUUACCACGGCAGGGAAAUUAAUCACCGCGAGUAUAGCAUUCAAGACUCCUGUAACGGUCAAUGCUACUUUUACCAGUUUCUGCGUUUUAUACAAUGAAUGUAGUACUCCAACAACAACUCUUAUCACUCUUGGUGGCGCAGCGCCAGCGAGAACCAUGGAAAUAUUGGACAGUGAUGGUGUUACGAGAUUAUUUCCUCAGUCUCUUGUCAAGCAAAUGAAUUUAGACAACCAUCCGGCCUACUCUUCCUUUGAUAUAUUAGCGCUUUUUAAUAGCGAUACCAAUUAUUGGUUUGACGGUGAUGGACCGAUUCAUGCAGAUCAAUCAGAUUUCUUGUUUCUCAUCGUGCAUGAGCUUAUGCACGGACUAGGGUUUACUACUGGUUACGAAGAUUAUUUAAAUAAUCCGGCCGUGGCACUAACUCCUUAUAUCGCGGUUACUCAAAGUUCAAAUUCCAGCGGAAUCAUAUUCACAGGAUUCGUGGAGAUGAUAUUUGAUAAAUUUAUGGUUAUUCUAUCGACUGGACAGCGAAUUUCAAAUAUUACCAAGCAACUUAAUACCUUCGCUGGAGGACCUGGUGCAUUGUUCGCCAACUCCUCUCAAUUUAUUUCUCAAUUCGAAGCCUCGUCACAAUAUAAUUUGGCGAAGCAAGUGAUGACAUAUGCCACUACUCCAAAAGCGAUAGGAUUAUUGCCUGUGAACUCGAGUGACAUUAGUCAAGCAAUCAUUCUCGAGACUUCUCUAGUCCCAUAUGUGGGCGGAUCAAGUGUAAGUCACGUGGAUUAUCAAACUUAUUCGAAUACCAGUGAUUUCUUGAUGCGAUACCUGCAAGAUCGUGGGAAGACAUUAGGCCAAUCCAUUAUUUUGAGCGGCAAUUAUUCGGGCGGCCCGAUUGGGCCUAAAUUACGAUCAUUCCUCAGUUGGUCAGGAUACACGGUUCUAAAUCAAUCUGUGCCUUUUUCCAUAAUUGGCGAUUCUAGUUACUAUCUAAACAUUUCAUCGGACGCUAAUAAUAUCAUACCAUCUCUUGGAUAUACAUGCACUUUAGCGACGUUGUUCUUUUUUUGGUUCAUGGCGUCUCAAUGA